UGAGGUGCGAGAGCAGUCGUCUUCAGAAAUUCGAGGUGCGGACCUUCAAGAGUCUGUUCGUCGUGUCAGUGCUUGUUUUCGCCAGCGAUGUUGCCACGCGGAGACGAGCGAUCUUUACUUCUUCAUCUUCACCAUGCAUCAAUACGAUGCGAGUUCAUCUUCUCUUUCAUUUACUGCAGGGACCUAAUUUUCUUGAGCACAACCGAUCUUGACCAUGUCUUUACCUCUUUAAUUAGGAACAUGGUUGUACUCGUGGUAAACCCCUCAUUGAUAUGCACGAAAGAGAACGAUACAAGCCCCAAUAAGAUUUUUCAUCGUGGAAUCGACUGCAAUCUGUAAGAAUUGUAUCUAUAUCCAUUCGUCGCUAGCCUAUGACUAUCAACUAGUCGUGACUCCCUCAUUCCACUGAUAGAUUCAAAUUCGUUUCGUGAAUAAUAAUUUCCACUCGUAUUAAGGUAACACAAAAAGAAAUACUCGAAGUUCGUUAUUUUGGAGGUUGUGCACCUUUUCUGGCCUACUUUUCCGUCAUGUUAUGUCUUCGCUAUAAAUAUUAAGAAUAAUCAUCUGACGCAUUAUUUGAAUAGAAUCAACACGAAGUUGUAAUUAAGCCCAACGUUGGGAAAUGGAAAUACCUUCUCCCUGGUGAGGUAAUAAAAGUCGAACAAGCAAAAUGAGCGUCCAUUUGGUGAGUGCGUUAGCUGAAUCGUUGCAGCUGAGCCACGCCGUGAAGCAAGAGGCGCUUCAGCCUGGCGAUCAUAUCUACGUGUAUCGCCUCUUCUUCACAUACUCUCAUCAUGGGAUCGUGGUGGCCGGUCGGUCCGGCAAAUCAAGACAAGGCUCAAUGCAGGAAGCCGUCAAGCGACAAGAAGUAGAUGAGGGAAGCAAUAAUGAUCGUGGAAAUGAAGGUGGAGGGCAGGCGUGGUCUAGAGGCGACGAUGUUUAUGUUGUUCACUUCACCAUGGAUGGGGUAAAGCUCGAUCACAUCGACGAUUUUAUACGAGGAGGGGUUUUCACCGCAUUUCAUCCGAGCAAUACAACUAAAAUUUCUUCGACGCGAGAUCAAGGAAAUGACAGCAUUUCAAGGGGUGGUUCAUCUCGAAGCGUGGGAGAAGAAGUUUCCAAACCAAUUGUAGUUGUACAAAAGGAGGACAUGUCUUUAAAUGACCUUCUUGAUGUUGAAGAAGACGUUGAUAAUUUUGCUUCGGUUGGUGUGACGCCUGCAGGACCGAAUAGUAGACGAGAAGGAAGUGAAUCCAAUCAUGCAGCCUCUACUUCAACAGAUACCAUGUUGAUUGCACAAGCCCGACCCGAGAGGCAGUCGACGUUGUCAGCGGAUACUGCUACAACUAGUACACCAGCGACGAAUUUGAUCGAUGAGGCCUUCAUGGGCACGACGAUUCGACGGGUCCGUUACGGGGCAUCGAGCUUAGAGGCCUUGUUGAAGCGGUCGGGCACUGUAAACUCACGGCGCGCGUCACCCUGGUUCGUGACCGUCUUGCGGGCUCUAUCCUUCUGCGAGCUCCAGGAGCAUGGGGCUGGCUGUGAGAAACUGGAGUAUGAUUUUCUUGAAAGAAAUUGCGAACUCUUCUGCGAAUUUUGCAAGUGCGGUCCCAGCGACGACAUGAUGAUUGAAGAUGAACCCUCGUCCUCAGGUGAGCAGAAAGUAGGGGUCUCAAAACGCGAAGAUGAUGAGAUGCAGAUCACCAGCUCGCACAUGGCUGCAAGCAGACCCGAUGAAGGAGGUGUCACAACAGAUGCGGAAAUCAAAUGCAAGAAAACAGUACUAGCUGGCGGCGUGGCUGAGGAGGGACAUAAUUUUGUCAUGGUCGGAUCUGAUGACCCGCACGACCAGAGUGCAAGUGGAAAAAGCCUAGGAACAUCUUCCAGUACACAAGCGUCGAUUGCUCACCCUCAGCGGAUACAUCUUGUUGAAAACUCUCGUCCACCAGGCCCUCGUCCCGAGGAUGAUGAAGCCUCACGAGACAAAGCGCUUGCCCUGCAGAACGCUCGGCGCCGUAGGCGAUUACGGUUUCGAGAGUGGCGACAGCGCUCACAACAAACGCGAACAGAGUCCAUAGUUAAGACUGGGGCAUAUGGCAUCGCCACGAUGGCUACUGUUGCUGCUGCUGCGACUGUCGGGGUUGAAGUGGUUGGUCUCAGUAUGGCCAUGGGCAUGUUUUCCUCCGCCUUCAACACCAGUCAAAGAAAACAAGCUAUCGAGGACCAUGAACAAGACGAUAUCGAGAUGGAAAACAACAGCUCUGUUGCUGUUCCAGGCACAAACAGUGACCAGCAUCUAAGUGAGCAAUCGAACACGAAUGAGAAACAAGAUAAUCUUCAGGAACAAUUACAAGCACGACAACGACCACGAGGACCAACGGAACUACAACAUGGAGAAGAAAAGACAGCUCCGAGUGACCCGGAGCACCACCAGGGAAACGAAAUCAGUGAUGCCGUCGAAGAUGGUUUCGUUCUUCUUUCCGACGCAAAUGAUCUUGGCAAUGAUUUGCUGAAAGAGGUCGAUGAGGGACACGACUAUGACGAAGUUACUACAACAGCCUCUUCGGGAACCAGUAGUGCUCGCACGCCAGGAGGCACUGCUCAACACCAAGAAGAAACCUCCCCUAGGACUAGACAUGAAGGUGACGAGAAGAACGUCGCCAGCACAUCAAUUCUUGUUGAUGCGCAAAUGGCUUCUUCCGAGGAAACGGCACAAGAAGCAGUUGUAGUCACACCAGCCGAUUGCCUGCGAAAUCUCUGGCGCUCUGUCGAAGCGCUAGAGAUUUUUUCAUACGAAUUGAAUGAUCUAACCUCACUCGAAGCGGUGGCGCUCUGCGAUAUUCUUGUAGAGGCAGUCGACAGCUGUGAACAACAAGUAGAAGAGAUGGAAUUUGGAUCCUCAACAACUGCAAUCGUAGUCUCCAGUAACAAAUUAUCAACUCCUGGCGCGGCGCGUAGCAGUAGCACAACCACAACUGUAGCAUCAAGGACUUCUGACCAGCAACAAGAUGAAGCAGGCUCUUCCCCCCUUCGUGCUACAGAAUCGGAGCAGGAAAGCAUCGCUGAAAGUAAAGCUCUAGCGAAGUUGGUCAUGGCUCUCCGCUCCUUUUGUGAAGCACGAAGGACUUGAAAAAGCACGGCGAAGAAGCGUCUUUCAGAAUUCGCUCAUGAAGCAACGUCGUUGCCUCGUACAUCAUGUUGACUGGUGCGUCAAGGUCAACGUCAUCUUACUGUGGCUUAUCAAUUAUAAUCAUGCUCCUGUUACACCAAAAUCUACUCCGUCUAAUUUCUUCCUUAGGAUCAUUAUAAUCAUGCUCCUCUUGAUCCAUCACCAACUUAUAUUAGCUCGUCCUGUGGUUUUCAAUUUCUGGUUGCAGAACUUAUUAUAAUUUCUAAAUCUGAAAUUCAUUCUCGUGAGGCAUGACUUCUGAGAUCGCAAGCAGUGUCGACUACAGCUCGUCUUGUGGUUUUCAAUUUCUGGUUGCAGAACUUACAAUUUCUAAAUCUGAGAUUCAUUCUCGUGAGGCAUGACUUCUGAGAUCGCAAGCAGUGUCGACUACGACUUGCUUCUAUUCCACCCAACAGCACGCAGCUAUUAAAUGAUCACCCCCUGUUGAGAAAUAUUCUGCGACGCGCUGCCCUCGAAACGAGUCGAAAUUGGUGCCUCCAUGGAAUAAUUGAUUGCGAACGCCGAUCAGAAAAGUUGUUGCUGCAGCUACUGCUACACUACA